AUGGCACCAAAACGCCAACAAGCCUCCUCCCCCAGCGCCGCCGCAGCCGUCUCAACACCGAGCACUACAUCAACAUCCACAACCUCAUCCUCAACGACGACAACAACAGCAGCCCCUCUCUCCCCAAAAGCCUCCGUCGCCGAAAUCGCCCAGCACAUUCUAAACCGGUACUUUGCGCAGACACCCAAGCGGACUUUCCUGUUGGAUGCGUUUAUGGUUUAUUUGGUGCUUGUGGGCGGGAUACAGUUUGUUUAUUGUGUUGUUGCUGGCAAUUAUCCAUUCAACGCCUUCCUAGCUGGUUUCUCGGCUGCCGUCGGCCAGUUCGUGCUUACUGCUAGUUUGCGGAUGCAGACCUCUUCGUCCUCAACGUCAACAAAUGGGCCCAUUUCAUCAAAGGGGAAGACUCAGACUACUUCUGCGGAGCAGAAGGAUACACUGGAGGUUUCUCAUGAACGGGCAUUCGCGGAUUAUAUUUUUGGAAGUUUGAUAUUGCACUUCUUCUGCAUCAAUUUUAUUAACUAG